AAAAAAAGAAAAAAAAGACUGUACGGGUCAUUGACCAUCAAAACUGAAGUCGCCGUCCGCCAUCUUGAUACUCCCAAAACAACCACGCCGACCAGUUUCAUGGUUGUGAGAAAACUUUCCAUAGAUCAGUGGCUGAAACCGGAGGCCACAAGUUCACCUGCGGGCCGCCAUUUCCAGUGAGGACAGCCCGCCCCGCCCACCGCGACUCGAGUGGGUGGGGUGGCCUGUCUUGCUCAAAGCCCGGCUGCGAGAUCUGCAGCAGCACGUUCCCACUCCGUGAUUGACUCACUUGAGGAACUUGAGGAACAUUUGCACGUUCGGGAACGAAAGCGCAACUCUUUUCUUCCUGAAUGCUCAUGUUUGAGAAGGGGUCAUCACCACCAUCAGCCACGGCGACAGCGAUGCCCUCUGAUGAAUAUUCUGCUGUCGCCAUGGAGACAAACAAUAACCUGGCUGCCAUGGCGGAGGUGAGCCCGCCGCCACCUGAAGGCCUGUCGGAGAACGACAGCGGUGUAGAGCUGACCAAUGAGAGCAGCCCGCUGGGAGGGGCCGAGCCACCAUCGCCCUUCAGUCCAAAACAGAACGGGGGGGCCGCAUCACCUCAAGAUGGUAACGAGUGUCUGCAAGGGAGGGUCAGGACCAGGAAUAGGUCCAAAAGCAAACCUGGCGCGUGGGACCCAUCUACUGAAGACAAGUCUCGGCUAGCUCUGAGAGCAAGUCCGCGAUCCCGAACCAUCUUCCAGGCUGGUCUGAUGCCGCGUGUCAAACCUCGCAGACGUAAACAUGAGCUCGUCACCACCGUGUGCAGCGGAGCUUCUCGGGCGGUCUCAUCUCGGGGGGUCCCUGAGGUGCCAUGUCCGGAGCUGAUGGAAAACGACUCCAAAGACUCGGCCCGAAGCAGCGGCACCGCCAUGUCCAGUUGCGACACCCACGCCGAAUACAAUGACAACAAGGGCUUCAGCGUGGGUGAGCUGGUGUGGGGAAAGAUCAAGGGCUUCUCCUGGUGGCCCGGCAUGGUGGUGACCUGGCGUGCCACUGGGAAACGGCAGGCCAGCCACGGUAUGAGGUGGCUGCAGUGGUUCGGGGACGGCAAGUUCUCCGAGGUCUCCGCCGACAAGAUGGAUUCCAUCGUGGCCUUUGCCAAGUUCUUCAAUCAGGCCUCUUACACCAAACUGGCGUCCUACCGCAGGGCCGUCUUCCAAGCUCUGGAGGUGGCCAGCGUCCGGGCAGAGAAGAAGUUCCCCGUCUGCGAGUCGGACAACCCCGACGAGCAAGUCAAGCCCAUGCUGGACUGGGCGCAAGGAGGCUUCCUGCCUAAAGGCCAAGACGGACUUAAACCCACGUGUGGCAUUGACAGCGCCACCCUUGAUAUGCAGGUCCUGGAUGUGUCACUGCCCGAGUAUCCGCCCAGUGCCAAGCAGCCCAGACUGAGCGUGUGUAAGAAUAAGGCAGGACCUGAGGAGUCCUUCAGCAGAGAACAAAUGGUAAAUGAAGUCCUUGAGAACAAAAGAAGUAUAGAAGAGUUCUGUCUCUCGUGUGGCAAGAUGAGGGCAGCAACCUUCCACCCACUCUUUGAAGGAGGCCUGUGCCAAAUGUGCAAGGACGUGUACUUGGAGACGUCCUACAUGUAUGAUGACGACGGAUACCAGUCCUACUGCACCGUCUGUUGUGGCGGCCGAGAGGUUCUGCUCUGUGGGAAUGCCAACUGCUGCAGGUGUUUCUGCGUGGACUGUCUGGACAUUCUGGUGGCCAGUGGGGCAUCAAACAAUGCGCGCUACCUGGACCCUUGGCGCUGCUAUAUGUGCCAGCCACUGCUGACAUACGGCGUCCUCAAGCGGCGUCAUGAUUGGAGUGUCAAACUGCAGGAGUUUUUUGCCAACGACAAUGGACAGGAGUUUGAGAGCCCAAAGAUUUAUCCUGCAGUUCCAGCAGAUCAGAGGCGACCAAUACGAGUCCUCUCACUGUUUGAUGGCAUCGCCACUGGCUACCUCGUCCUGAGAGAUCUGGGGUUUAAGGUAGACCAGUAUGUGGCAUCUGAGGUGUGCGAGGAUUCCAUCUCUGUCGGCGUGGUCCGACACGAAGGAAAGAUUCAAUACGUCCACGACGUCCGGAAUAUCACCAGAAAAAACAUUCAGGAAUGGGGUCCGUUUGAUCUUGUGAUUGGAGGAAGUCCAUGUAAUGACCUCUCGAUUGUCAACCCAGCCAGGAAAGGCCUCUUUGAAGGCACAGGGAGAUUGUUCUUCGAAUUUUACCGUCUGCUAAGCGAGGCCAAGCCAAAAGACGGAGAGAACCGCCCUUUCUUCUGGAUGUUCGAAAACGUGGUUGCCAUGGGUGUCAACGACAAGAGGGACAUUUCACGAUAUCUGGAGUGUAACCCCGUAAUGAUUGACGCCAUUGAGGUUUCUGCAGCCCACCGGGCUCGAUACUUUUGGGGGAACCUACCGGGUAUGAACAGACCUCUGUGUGCUUCCGGGAUGGACAAGCUGGAGUUACAAGAUUGUCUAGAACACGGUCGAGUUGCCAAGUUCGGGAAGGUUCGCACCAUCACCACCCGCUCCAACUCAAUCAAACAGGGGAAAGACCAACACUUCCCAGUCUUGAUGAAUGGAAAGGAGGACAUCUUAUGGUGCACUGAGCUAGAGAGGAUCUUCGGCUUCCCGGUCCACUACACUGACGUGUCCAACAUGGGUCGAGGCGCUCGGCAGAAACUCCUGGGCCGAUCAUGGAGCGUCCCUGUCAUCAGGCAUCUUUUCGCCCCCCUUAAAGACUUCUUUGCCUGCGAUUAGAUGCCAUGUCACCAGCAAAUGGACUCUACCAUUGUCAUUAUCAAAAGGAGGGCAGAACCAGCACAUACCAACUCUCACAAGGAAAUAAGACAUAACCAGGCAAGAGUCCCCACCAUCACCUGUCAAUUGACAUCACUUGUCACUACCACAUAGCACCACUUUGUACCAGCAAAUAGAUGUCCCCGACUCCAGGCAAUAGACACCUAUCAAGAAAAGCUCCGAGACACCAUCAUCGCCGGCAAAUAGACGCCAGCUUUCACAAGCAGAUAGCUAAUACAAAUCACAGCACGUAGACACCACCAGGAAAUAGACAUGACACAUCACUAGCUAAUCGAUAGUUGCUAUCACCAAUACUUUGUGGUCACCCAUCACCAUGAAUAAGACCAUUUGUGACUAGGAAUUAGACACCAGCCUCAGCAGCAGGGAAGAAAGACCUGUUGAUAAGACUAAACUCAAAUACGCUUUACCAAGAAAUAGAUGCUAUUCAUUACCAGAAAAUAUACAAUACCUGUCACCACCAAACAAAUACCACCAAUAACCCGUACGUAGACACCAUCCAUUACCAGCAAAUUGACCCCACGUUACUUGAAAAUAUAUGCUGCUCACCAUCAGCAAAUAGAAACGUGCGUGCCUCUCACCAGUAAAGACAUUUGUCAAAAGCAAAUAUAGUCAUCAACAAAUACUAUGUCACCAAGAAAUCGAGGACACACUCAAUGAACAAACAUCACCCUAUCGCAGUACGUCGACGUUUAUCAUCAGCAAAUUGACACUGACCAUUACCCAAACAGAACGUGCAAAAAGUAUUUCAAUGUCCUUCUUAGCCUAGAGGGACGAGUGUUGACAUUGUGUUCCCUUUUCUUUGACUAGUACGUAUGGCUUUUCUUUUACUUUUUAUAGUUGAUAGUUGGAAUGUGGCUUUUUUUCCAUUUGUUUUUUCAAAAGAACUGUAGGAAGCACUACUUGUAAUGGAUGGUAGUGGACUUGCAUGGAAGUAAAUAUGUACCACCAGGAUUUGAAUUAAAAAUGCCACUGAAAAUUUUAUGUUGUAAAAUUCACAUUGUUAUUUCAAAGUGAUCACAUUUCACUAGCUGUAUUGCAGUUUAACUUUUCAAUAUAACCAAAUUUCAGACAGCCAAUUGUAGACAGUUGAAUCUCAGGUUGAUUUUUUUACAUGGCGAAUUUGUUAACAUUGAAAAGUUAAACUGAAAUCCAGAUUUUGAAAAUGUGAUCACUUUGAAAUAGUGUGAAUUUUAAUUCAAAUCCUGCUGGCACAUAUUUACUUCCAUAGACUUGAGCCGAGUCAUCAUUUCAUUACCAUUUUAGCUGUUCCUUUUCAUAUACUCUUUGUUCUUUUUGCUUUAAUUGUCUUGACUGUAGAAGAGUUGACAGAUGGGCGUCUUAUUUUUUUCAUAUUAUUAUCGUGUUAAACGUUAGCGUGUAUCCCAGAACGUUCCAGACGUUACUUGAAGUAAGCCACUGCAAACGAAAACAUCGGGUAUUUUUUUUUCUGUUUUCGCCCCUAAUUUACAAGCAGUCCUGACUGUUAGGGAAGUAAUUACCUUGAAGCGAAUAUCCUUUUACUGUAACACGCAUUAUUUUGUGCCAAUGACCACAAACAACUUUAAUGUUGUCUGUGCAUAAACUUUAUAUUACUUGUCCUACUGUAUUUUUUUUUUUUCAUGGCUGACACCAAAACCAAACAUACCAUACCUCAAAGAAAUUCUUUUAUUUCUAUUGUGUUAAGUCACUGGAACGUGUGUUUUUUUUUCAUGAUGAAAACACACAAUUGUUCUUUUAAAUAGGUCCGUGUGUGUGUUUUUUUUUUUGCAUUUUCUCAUGCCUUUAAGGGACCAAAAGAGAACUGUUUACAUUUCACUCGUAAAAAUGUUCCUGUUGUAAGAGUUUACUUGCUCUUUUUGAAUGUUUCUUAAAUCCAAACACCACUUUAAAACCAUUUUGUUUCCAUAGAGUUAUCAUACUAGCCUGUAGAUGUUCCAAUUGUUUCAUGGAGCAGAAUUAUAUUAGGGAAGGUUUUACCAUUACUAGAACUUGAUUGCAAGCAGGAAAACAAGUUAUUUUCUUAUUUUUGUACUUUUUUAUACAUGUAAAAUUCUUCACAACUGUUAGUGCAAAAACACUGUUUGUGUAUUAUUGACAUCUUCAGUAGAGUUUGUACUCAAUAAAAGGUA